AUUUGCUGGGAAAAUUAAAAUUUGAAACCAACGCAACAACAUUAAGAUUGGAGAGCAAGAAAUGCGAAAAUAUGUCGCAGUACACCAUGCAAGACACAGCCACCAGCCAGAGGCACUGGGUAGAAGAUUUAUUCCCACCUCACUUCAGCCUUAGUCUCUCGGACCUUACAAGAAAACCACAAGAGGCUGAUGAAGGCACACAGGAGGCAUGGAGGCUCGCACAGAGGAAGAAGGCAAAGGAUAUAUAUGAGCAAGUCAAGGCAAGAAUGGAUGCCGAGGCACAAAUCCCCAAGCACAAGAACAUUCAGGUCGGUGAGCCUUUGUCUGAUUUGAAGCAGAGAGUGAGGCUGACGGGUAAGGUGAAGAGGAAUGAAUCUUCACGGAAGGAGAAAGCGUUAAGAAGUCGUGAUGGGGAUGAGGAGAAUAGAACAGAAACUGUUGAAGAUGGUCUUUGGACUGCAGGAGAGAUAGGGAUCCUUAGGAAGGAAUUUCAGAAAGUCAAAGAAGAGAAACAGAUUAUUCACAUUGAAUUAAAAGCUCUGCAGAGACACUACAAAGACCUUGACAAGAAAUACAAACAGCAGGCUGAGCUUCUCAACACCAAAGUCAACGCACUUAAACAGUCACACCAAGAAAAUCAGAGAUUGCAGUUACAAAACCAACAUCUAACCAAGGAUGUGCGGCUACAGAAAAGCAAGCUUGCGAUGGCAGAAGACGACUACAGGGAAGUUGUCGAGCAGCGAAUGAAAAUGAGGAAAGAGGCCAUCGACCUUCGGAAGGCUCUUUCUCAAACCAAGCAGGAUCUAAAGGAAGUGAGGAUCAAGUUAUCCGAAGCGGACACAAGACAUAGGUUGGAGACGAUGGAGAAGGAAGAGACCAUGAGGUCCGAGUAUGAAUCACAGAUUGCUGUUCUGUACCAAGAGCUUGGGGAGUGCAGGGCAGAGCUGGAGAAGGAACAGACAGAACAUAGAAGAUCCCGGAAGGCAUUGGAUCAUCUUAGAAUCCACUUUGCUCAGCAGUCACAGAGAGCGCAACCCAAACAGUCCUCGUCUAGUGAUACAAAAACUCUCAAAGUCUUUCAGCUGUACUGAGAAGACUGAUAUGUCUUGUCACUUGAUUUUUAACUUUAAGCAAUAUACCUUUUGAUGAGCAGUUGUUUUUAUGGCUCUUCCCUUUUUAAAGAUUUUUUACAGUCUGUAGUCCAUUUUGUUUUUCAUGUAGGAUUCUUUAUUUUAAAAUUUGAACAAUCAACAUUUUGCAUUUAAUUCAACAAUAUUCAGAUUCAAAAUGUGCAACUAACCAACAUUACCCUUUAUACAGAAUGGCAAGAGAGCCAACCUUUUUUUUUAUUUCUCUUUAUUUUAGCUUCUUGAAUUAAAAUGUAUGAAAUAAUA